UGCUGCUGCAGCUCCGCGCACUUCGGCCCCGCUCGGCUCCUCUCGGCUGUGCGCGGCUCCUCACUGGAGGCUUCUCGCUAUAGGAGGACGUAAGUGCGCCGCUGCGAUCUCCUCCCAUUGGCCCGUCACACCUCCGUGUGGGAGGGUCGGCGGAGUGGGGGCCACGCCGUCUUUAUAAGUGCAGAUUGCCGUCCAGCGCCUCAGUGACACUACGUGGUUGCACCGCGAGGUUCUCAGAAGCCAAGUGAAGGUCGUUAGAGAGAAAAAGCAUCUGGAAUUUAUCCCACACACACACACAGUCAACACGUCAGGUCAGCAGCGCGCCCCGGUGAGGGGGGACAGCACCGUGGGGAUCGAACCUGUGAGUAGACGCUGCUUGAAUUGAAUAUCUGGACUGAACCCAGCAGCGGGAGGAGCGGACUCUCCUGAACUGUUCUGCAGCUGAAGAUUCGUCUGUGAUCCGAGUGAACUCUGAAAACUUCUGCACGCGCCAUUCCGUUUGGGAUUCCUGGAACUUUUGGCACACUUUUACGCGCGCCUGCACUGCGCCCUGUGGCCGCCGCACGCCGUCUAAUGAGACUGUGGGAGAAACUUUCCCUCCGGGCCAGGCUGCACUGACUCUGCCCGGGACUUCACCGAAAGUUGUGAACAACAGGAGCCGGAGGAGGAUGCUUGGAGAAUACUGGUGACGCACCGAGCGGAGGAGACGAAGUCUUGUGGCGCGACGUGCACCGAGCAGACGCGGGGACAGUAAAUCACUUGGAGGCAAGUGGGCUGCAGAGGUGAAGCGAGGACAAGACAGGUUGGUGUCUCCAAGUUCCCCGGACUCGAGUUUCAGCCGCCCUGGGGGCUCCUGGUAUCAAAGCGUGCAUUUGACCUGGGAUAAGUUGUCAACAAGCGCAGCGAGCGGAGGCAGACUGGCAGGUGUACAAGUUCAUUUACAUGCAUACGUAUAUUCACGCCACUAUAUAUAGAAGUUGUCUUAGGGACGAGCAGCCAUAAUAAGUUUCUCCACCCACCCGCCGGCCCUGCAGCAGCUCCGCGCACCGGGCGUGUGCGUGUGUCUAUAUAUACACCUCACAGGCUGUGGUUCCUCCUCGCAAUCUGUAUCCGAGGGGGCCGUCUGCCGUCGGUUUGGCUGUGAGGGCAGGAGUCGUCGCAUGGACUGACAUGGCCACCGACCUCGCCAUGAGCGCAGAGCUGCCGAACAGCCCUCUGGCCAUCGAGUACGUCAACGACUUUGACUUGAUGAAGUUCGAGGUGAAGAAGGAGCCGCCGGAGGCCGACCGCUACUGCCACCGCCUCCCGUCCGGCUCCCUCUCCUCCACCCCGAUCAGCACCCCCUGCUCCUCCGUGCCUUCCUCGCCCAGCUUCUGCGCCCCGAGCCCCGGCGCGCAGCCCAACCAGAGCCUCGCCAGCGGGGUGAACAGCAGCGGCAGCAGCAACAACAGCGGCAGCAACAACAAUCACAGCAACGCGGGCAAACCUCAGCUGGAGGACCUGUACUGGAUCCCCAGCUACCAGCACCACAUCAACCCCGAGGCGCUCAACCUGACCCCGGAGGACGCGGUGGAGGCCCUCAUCGGCAACGCGCACCACCAUCACCACCACCACCAGGCCUACGAGGGCUUCCGCGGGCAGCAGUACGUCGGGGAGGACCUGUCCACGGCCUCGACGGCCCACCACCACCAGGGCCAUCACCACCACCAUCACCACCACGGCCACCACGCCCGCCUGGAGGACCGCUUCUCCGACGACCAGCUGGUGAGCAUGACGGUGCGGGAGCUGAACCGGCAGCUGCGGGGCUUCAGCAAGGAGGAGGUGAUCCGCCUGAAGCAGAAGAGGCGCACCCUGAAGAACCGGGGCUACGCGCAGUCCUGCCGCUUCAAGCGCGUCCAGCAGCGGCACAUGCUGGAGACGGAGAAGUGCACGCUGCAGAGCCAGGUGGAGCAGCUGAAGCAGGACGUGGCGCGUCUGGCCAAGGAGCGGGACCUUUACAAGGAGAAGUACGAGAAGCUCGCCACCCGGACCUACAACACCGGCGGGCCCGCGAGCACGAGAGACCCGUCCGGGAAGCAGGGCAGCACCGACUUCUUCAUGUAGAGACUGCAGCACAGACUCUCAACCCCCUCCCCUCCCUUCCCCACACCUCAAACAUCCUAAUGACAUUAACUGCGUUUGUAUUUUUGUUUACAGUUUCUCCCUCAGACAGCAAACACAUCUGGACGCACGAGCGGCGGGUGCGCACAAAAUAAUCCUUGUGCGCAUUUUGAGUCUUAAAGAUUGUUUGUGGUUUGUGUAGUGAUGUGGACACACGGGAUCACUGUCCUGCAACGCGACCGUGUCCCUCCAGAGAGAGAGAGACGCUUUUGUCUUAACACUGGAGGAAGAAUGUGUUUUUCUACUGGAGCAGGAGAAGCGUCACGCCGCCUCCAGCAGACUGAGCGUCCGAGGCGCGCUGUGACUUUUCAAUAUUGCAAGUCUAUAGUUUCCCAUUUGCAACCCUGCAUGCAGGACAUGUAUGGUAACCUCCAGUCAUCUCCCACGACCCCUCCACAUGUAUGGAACGCAUGGCCUCAUGGUUCUCUCCUCCUCUUCCUCCCUCUCCUCCUCCUCCUCCUCCUCUGCCAUUAGUAAGGCCUGGGUAUGCAAGAAGCCACCAGAAAUAUUUCCUCGAUUAAAGAAGAAUAAAAAAUAAAAACACACACACACACACACCACCCUGAGAGGUGCAAGGACGUGAAAAACAAUGUGCUACUGCUGAGAACUGGAUGCGUCUCUAACUGCUGUUUUCAAUCAACUUUUCUAUUGUUUUAAAAAAGAAAACGAGAGAAAAACGACAAAAAGAGAUUAACUGAGCCAGAUUUUAGAUUCUGUAUUUAUUUCCACCUGUACAUAACGUGUAGAGAAGAGCAGUGAACUCUGUUAUUUUACCUUCUCUCUUUUUAACGACGACUGCUUUUGUUGCUUGGAUUCUUCGACAUGUCUUAAUACAAAAAUGUUUGUAUGUUACAGCAUGCAAAUCUAUCGUCUAUGGUCUCCUCCUGCUCCUGCUCCUCCUCCUGCUGAACAUGUGUAAUGUCAAAGGCAAACCUAUACUGCACUAAGAAGAGAUCAAACCUUUUGUUUUCUACUCUUAUAGGAACCUUCUGAUGUGUCACUGCAGAAUCUGAAUAACCUGGAUGUAAAUUGGAUGAGGUGAACAUCUCGUUUAUUAGAUGGACAUGAACUGCAUUCGCUGCUAAAACUCUAUGCACCAACCUGAUGAUUUGAAAAAGACUUAGUUUGACGAUUCUGUUUGUUUGUUGGUUUGUUUUUUUACUUUUUAAUGUAUUUGUAGAGGAACGUGUUUCGGGGCCUGUGGGUUUCAUCCCGCAGCUCCCGUGUCUUAAAUCAGAAGACGUGUCCUGAUGCUGGCUGGUUGUUGCGCGGUGGUUGGAGUCUGUGCACGCGGAGGGAGCCUCCCGGGUGCGGGUGCUGCUCUGCUGCCCAGAUGUAUGUGCAAUGUUGUGCAGAUGUGCGCGGGGCUCGCUCCACCUGUUGGAGGCUGAAGAGAGAAAUCUCAAAAAAAAAAAAAACGAAAUGCACAGAAAAACAACCAGAAAAAUCCUCCAAUAAAUUCGAUGUAAUUAUUAAUCGCAGCCUAAAAUAUCUCAACCUUGUCAUCAAAAUUUCAAAUGCAGCCAAUUUAGAAAUAAUCUCCAGAAACAAAUCUACAAAUUCCGUCUUGUAACUUUUGUUUAUUUAAAAAAAUUUUUGGGUUCGAAUUGUAAAUUUUUCCUGAAACCUCCUGAAAAGAUUUUUGAUUUAAACACGACUGCGCGAAAUGAACGGAGACGAACGUGGAGGCGGAAGUUCUGCUCAGUGCUGUUACUGUAUAUCUGUACAUAUGAUUUCUAUAUUUAUUCAAUGAACGUGUCCUAACGUGUCGACAAGUGAAAAACCUACAAAGUGGAACGUUGUUGAGAAUCUUUGUUUUCAUAAUGUUUAAUAAAAAGUUCUGUCCCAAA